AUGUCCAGCGAAAAGCCAUCCGAUUUUGUCUAUACUCGCGAGGCUGCCGAACAAGAUGAGAAUCUCUAUGUGGUUAAAAGAGGUAAGUACGAUGAGAAAACAUAUAUGUUUGAUCCAGAUGGUAGGCAUCAGAAAGUCUGCUGCGAAAAGAUUUCGGUUCGUUUGGAACGCCUUUGCUUCGGAUUGAACAAGACUUUCAUCGAUAUUCCAAAGAUCACUGAUAAGGUGGUUGAGGGUUUGUAUCCUGGCGUUCCCACAUCGCAAUUGGACUCCCUUGCCGCUGAAGUGUGUGCUAGUUUAACUGUCAAACACUAUGAUCAUGGAACCCUGGCAGCUAGAGUUCAUGUCUCCAACUUGCACAAGGAAACUCCUGCCAAAUUCUCUGUUGUCAUGAGUGAUCUCUACAAUUACGUGAACCCGAAAACCAAAACCCACACUCCAAUGAUUUCCGAGGAGUUGAUCAACAUUGUUUGGAAAAAUCGUGAUCGAAUUGACUCAGAAGUUGAUAAUAAUAGGGAUUUCGAAUUCAACUACUUCGGAUUGAAGACUCUCGAGAAGUCUUAUCUUCUAAAGAGAGAUGGCAAGACUUGGGAGAGACCGCAGCAUAUGUUUAUGCGCGUGUCCUUGGGCAUCCACGGAUAUGAUCUCGAAGCUGCCUUUGAGACGUAUCACCUAAUGUCUCAAAAGUGGUUCACUCAGGCCUCUCCGACUCUCUUCAAUUCGGGCACACCAGUUCCUCAGAUGUCGAGCUGUUUCCUUCUCACGAUGAAGGACGACAGUAUCGAGGGUAUCUACGAUACACUCAAGCAAUGUGCCUUGAUCUCAAAGAACGCUGGAGGCGUUGGUCUUAAUGUGCAUUGUAUUCGUAGCAAGGGCACUUUUAUCGCCGGAACCAAUGGUGAAUCCAAUGGCUUGGUUCCCAUGCUGCGAGUGUACAAUAGCACCGCUAGGUAUGUGGACCAAGGUGGGAAUAAGCGUCCCGGUGCUUUUGCUAUAUAUCUAGAACCCUGGCAUCCUGAUGUCUUGCAGUUCAUAGAGCUGCGUAGAAACACUGGGGCCGAGGAGAUUCGUGCUAGAGAUCUCUUCCUGGCUCUCUGGAUUCCUGAUCUUUUCAUGCAGAGGGUUCAUGAUGAUGAGAUGUGGACUUUCAUGGAUCCUCACGAAUGCCCCGGUCUGGCAGACUGUUGGGGAGAGGAGUUCGAAGCGCUCUAUUCGAAGUAUGAGAAAGAGGGUCGUGGUCGCAGGACUAUGAAGGCUCAGGAAGUCUGGCAUCACAUCAUUGAAAACCAAAUGGAGACUGGUAAUCCCUUCAUGGUUUACAAGGAUGCCUGUAAUCGAAGGUCCAACCAUCAACACCUGGGUACAGUCAAGUGCUCCAACCUUUGUACUGAGAUAAUCGAAUAUAGUUCUCCCGAGGAGACUGCAGUGUGCAAUUUGGCGUCCAUCUCACUGCCCAACUUUGUCAAUGCUAAGACGAGAACCUUCGACUUUGAUCGUUUGGAGUAUGUGACAGGUGUCGUCACCAGAAAUCUCAACAGAAUUAUAGAUAGAGGCUUUUAUCCAGUAGAGGAGGCCCGCAGGUCAAAUAUGCGUCACCGUCCGAUUGGUAUUGGUGUGCAGGGCCUUUGUGAUGCCUUCGUUCUGAUGCGUUAUCCCUUCGGUAGUGCUGAAGCUGCUGCUUUGAAUAGGCGUAUCUUUGAGACUAUCUACUUCGCUGCUCUGAAAGCCUCCUGUGAGUUGGCUGAACGAGAUGGUCCUUUUGAAUCGUAUCCAGGUUGUCCUGUUAGCAAGGGAAUUCUUCAGCCUGAUAUGUGGGGAGUUGACACUGAAGAACUCUCGAAAGUGUCUGGACUUGAUUGGGCUGGGCUUCGUGAUCGCAUUAAGAAGCAUGGUGUGAGGAACAGCCUUCUUUUGGCAUUAAUGCCCACUGCAUCAACUGCUCAAAUCCUGGGAAACACCGAGUCAACUGAACCCAUUACGAGUAAUGUAUUUUCGCGUCGUGUUCUUUCUGGAGAUUUCCAGAUUGUCAAUAGCCACAUGUUGAGAGACCUCAUCGAUUUGGGCAUUUGGUCUGAGGCCCUCAAAUUGGCAAUAAUUGCCAAUCAGGGUUCUAUUCAGCACAUCGACGGCAUUCCAGACGAUAUUAAGGCGUUGUACAAGACUGUCUGGGAGAUUCCACAGAAAACGAUUAUUGAUCUAGCUGCAGAUCGUGCUCCUUUCAUAGAUCAGAGUCAGUCGUUGAAUCUCCACAUGAAGGAACCCAACUAUGGUAAGAUCACUUCCAUGCAUUUCUAUGCGUGGAAGAAGGGACUGAAGACUGGAAUGUACUACCUCCGAACCCGUCCUGCAGCCGACCCGAUUAAAUUCACAAUUGACAACAAAGAGGUGAAUAUGAUAUUGGCCACUGGCUUCGGCAAGGUUUCUCUGGAAAAUAAGGAGAAUUUGACUGAGGAGGAAGCGAAGGCCAAGACUAGGGUGGAGAAACUGUACCAGAAGAACAUGGAGGCGAUCUCUUGCUCUAUCAGAAACCCUGAAGCCUGUACUUCAUGUUCCGGUUGA